AUGACGGCAAAAUCGGCCAGCGAUGGCCGGAAGCAAUAUUGGGCUGAGAUAGCGACCUCCAUGGGACAGGCCUCGAACGUUGGUGACACUCGAAAGCUCUACCGUCUGAUCCGCCGAGUUAGCGGUAAACCCUCUACAUUGAGUGACUCUGAUCGCGAUGUAAACGGCGGCAUUAUUGCUGACAACUCGGCCAAAGUCGAGCGUUGGCGUGAGCACUUUGAGCACCAUCUCAACUUCGAUACCCAACUUACCUCACCCUUGCCCUCCUCCUCAGCGGAGUUUCUUCCCUCUCCUACCUAUGCAGUGCCAUGCGAUCCCCCCUCCGAGAAAGAAGUCGCCGAUGCCAUACGAAAGUUGCGCAACAAUAAGGCACCCGGAGAGGAUGGUAUACCCGCUGAAAUCUUCAAGUCUUGUGUCGACACUGGCGCCCUGGCUCUAUGA